AUUCCUACAUUCAACAUGGCGGAAAAUCCGCAAAGAAUACGAGAAUUGCUUUUGGAUCGCUAUUCCAGGACUAUCCAAGAAAUAUGUAGAAUACUGAGGCAAUCGAGUGCCAUGGAUUGCGAUGUGAGAGACAGUGUAAUAUUUAGGCUGGAUUCUUUACGUCAUCUCGUUGUUCGAUGCGUAGACGUAGCUAAUGUUCCGCGAGAAGUAAUCCUGAACUUGCAGAGAGUUGUGUCAAUUUUGUCGAACGACUUCCAAGACAGCCAUCUACAUGUGGACCAGGAUAGAUACCAGGCAGGCCGGAUUUUCACACAGGACAGAGGAAGACCUUCUUACAACAUACCCAGGGAACAACUGGAAUUAUUCAUUGAACAUGGUUUCAAUACUUCAGAUAUGGCCACUAUGUUAGGUGUAAGUGUUAGAACAGUCCAAAGGCGACUAUCAGAAUACAGCCUUUCAAUCACUGACAGAUAUGCUGAUAUUUCGAAUGAAGCUCUAGAUAACCAUGUCAUGGAAGUCUUCCAAAUGUUCCCAAAUUGUGGUUACCGUAGAAUGCUUGCGUUCCUCGAAACAAAAGGGCUACGUGUACAAGAGAAGAGAGUUCGAGAAUCUAUGCACAGAGUUGAUCCCGAAGGAGUACUUCUGAGGACACUAGAGCUCCAAACAACACACAGACGGGGAUAUAAUGUAUAUUCACCCAGAGCUUUGUUCCAUAUAGACGGUAACCACAAGCUAAUCCGUUGGCGCUUUGUUAUUCAUGGCAUGAUAGAUGGAUAUUCAAGAAUGAUUAUUUUUCUAAGAUGUUCAAGUAACAACAAAGCCUCAACAGUUUUCUCAUAUUUUCUGGAGGGUGUAGAGAGGUUUGGUUUACCAUCACGUGUAAGAGGUAGGCCUUUGUGUAAUCACUGUUAGAACGUCUUCAGUUUAUUGGCUAUGAAUGAUCAAAUUAAAACAUUAUUCAGGGCUGUCACUGAUUUCUGAUGUAGGCGGGGAUGUACAAAAGGUAGCUGGGAAUCCAGCUGUUUUUGCAUGAUCAGUAUGCUGUUUUUGUUUUAAAGUAGCUGGGGAUCUAGUUCAGAAUUAUCAAAAUUGGCUGGAGAAAAUCCCCAAUCCCUGGCCCUUAAUGACAGCCCUGCAUUAUUUCAUUCUUGAUAGCCUGUACUUGAUUAGAAGCAUGUUACAAAUAAUUAUGAAUACAUACAGCUGUACUCACGCCAUCACUGUUAAUAUAAUCUAGCCUAUCUGAACCUAAGUUAAUAUAUUUACAGGUGAUUGCGGUGGGGAGAAUGCAGAUGUGGCAUGGUUCAUGCUUACCCACCCAGACAGAGGCCCAGACAGGGGCAGUUUUAUUGGUGGCAGAAGUGUACACAACCAAAGAAUAGGUAAACUCUCAACAUGACAGACACUAUUUGUACUACUGAGAGGCAAUAGCCCACCAGGCCAGGGUGGAGACCUGGUUUUGAUACAUACCGCACUGCUUUUCUCACAUGUAAAUCAUGUUGUUCUUAUGCUAACUAGUCCACAUUUGCAUGAGAAAGACAGAAAGGUUUGCAUCUAAACAAGGUCACCACCAGUGGUCAAUUUUUAUAAAACUUUUACAAGUGUAAUUUACAAGUGUAGCUAUUGUUUUCAGACUCUAAAACAAUGGCUGCACUUGUAAAUUACACUUGUAAAAGUUUUAUUAAAUUGACCCCAGGCUCUCUUCCACUCAAAGGCCAGGGCACCAAACACACAACUGUAAAAUGGGCCAUUCUACACAUUAUUUUGUGCAAAUUUCUUUCUUUCUGUAUGUGUCAUUUUAGGCAUUCAAUGUGUAUCUGUUUUAAACCCUAAAAUUACUACUGACAUUAAUAAUUAUUUUACAGGAAGAUGUAUUAUGCUAAAUGUACCAGGAACAACAGAAAACUAGAAUGUCUUUUAAAUGUUUGCUUGUCAUUGUGAGCUGUUAUAAACAAUAAUAUUAAAAGUGGUUUGCCUGAUUCCUUACAUUUAGAGAGGUUGUGGCGUGAUGUGUUCACUGGUUGUACAUAUUUGUAUUACAACCUCUUCUAUUACAUGGAAACUGUUGGAUUGUUAGAGCCACACAAUGACAUACACCUCUGGUGCCUUCACUUUGUGUAUCAACCUCGCAUAGAUCGUCAUCUGCAAUUGUUUGCAGAAGGCUGGAGUAGAAAACGGAUCAGAACAGCUGGAAAUAAAACCCCUACUCAGUUAUGGUUCCAAGGGCUGUAUGCUAUUGCCCAGUCAGAUUAUGUCAUUGCUCAAGAAAUGAACAAAGAUGAAUGGCAGGUCAGUUUUUCUCUGUUGAAAGAUGUCUUCUCUCUGGGGCACCCAACAAGCCAAAUCAACCAAAAGCUUGAGAAAGAGGCACUUUUAAAUUUAAUAACUUAUGUUGCUUGAAGUCUGUCUAGAGUGAUGUUUUCGUUAGCUGGAAGAAUUGGAUCUAUUUGGAUUCCUUAGCUGAACUUUUAAUUGCCUGAAAAUGUUAGGGAACAAAGUCUUCAUUUGAGAAAAUGCUGAAAUGAUCUUUCCACAAACGUUUUAUGCAGCUAUUUUUUUCCCGAAAAGGCUAGCUGAUGAUUUUUACUGCCAAAAACAACAAUUACGACCUUUCCAAAAACCUCAGAGGUUAUGAUUUCCCCAUUGCCGAUCUUUUAGGCCAUGUUUCAGUUACGAAAAUUUGAGUGCACUCUUUAACGGAUUCCAAAAGCCAAAGGCGAACUAACCUCCACCAAACAGAUUUCUGAUACUUGCCGUUGGGUGCCCCUGUUCUUUCAGGCAGUAAAUAAUUAUUAUUAACUGCAAGUCAUAUUUUUGUAACAUUUAGACAUAUCCCAAUAUCCUUGUCUGAUUUUAUGAUCUGUAUAAAAGUAAUGUGAUUUAGUUCGUUUCUUUUCUCAAGUUGCUUUAGCAACAACUUCUUUUGAUGAUAAUGAUGAUGCUGAUGGUGAUGAAGCCCAAUGUUAUGCCAGAUCUCUUUGGUGGCAGGUUAUCCAAAACAGUGGUAGAGUGUUAUUACUGAUUGCCACAAUCGACAUAAUGUAUUUUCAUAUGCAUUGCAGCUGUAUGGAGUGGACUGGGAUGGACCAUUAUCUCCAGAGGAAAAUUGCAUUGAAGUUCCUUAUACUAGAUGUCCUAUCAGUCACAAUGAUAGCGUACUUUUAAAAGACGAAAUCAAUCCCUUAGAUGACAGCACCAUCCAUGGAAUUGAUCUCUAUGAAAGGACACUUCAAUUUGUGACAAGCAGAAUUUCAAGUUGAAACUAUUAAGAUUGAUAUGUGUAGUUACUGUAAAGUAUAGAACUCUCAGUUAACUAGACCCCAUACAGUACCAAGGACAAUAAUAUUGUUGAAGAUGAAAUAGCUUUAAGGACCAAAAAAAACCAAGAGCCAGUAUGCACCCCCAUAUUUUAACACAACAUUUAUUAAGAGAAAGGUAACUUAACCUGUAGCAACGCUGCUACUAUAUCUAAGUUGCAAACAUUGUAAUGCUACAAAAUUUUCAAAAUUACUUUAACUUGGAAACACUGCUAAACAAUUAGACAAUUUCAAUGCAUAAAAUGUCAAAACUGGC